AUGGACGACGAUACAAAGGGAGUCUCGGGUAUUGCCCAAGGCCUCAAAUCCGACAAUAUCUCGACCGAUAGCGAGAUCAUGCUCACGCCUGAUCAUGAAGCUCCUUCGUCUCCGAACAACCCGCCCGCCGACUCUACCCUUCUUGACACUCCAAUGAUGGGUGCCACGACGCCCAGAGGCUCGAUGCACUCGAGAAACCCGUCCUUUUCUGGUAGCAGUUCCAACCAUGAGGACUGGGAUGGCUUUCCACCUCUUGAUCGCCUAUCUGUGCUUGACCUUCUCGACAACUUUGCUCUUCCCCAGCAGCUCGAGAAGCUACAGAAGGGCAUCUCAGCGCAGACAGACAAGGUCAGGCGUUCCAGGGAAGCGAUCAAGACCAAGACACAAUCUGCUCGGGAUCGCAUGGUUGAGGAGUGGAGACGCCGGGUCCCCGAGGCUGAUGAACAGCUCGAUCGGUACCGCAAACAGAUGCAACGCCGUGUCGAUAAGCUCGGGAAACGAUGGAACGAUACAAAGGUUAUCAGUGUCAGAGAAAAGGUGUCCUUUAUCUUUGGUGUUAUGAACAUAUUCGUCAGCGGAUACCUCAUUGGCGCAUACCCAGAAUACUUUCAUUUGUGGUACACCGCACAACUCUUGUAUUUCAUGCCAAUUCGAUUCUUCACAUAUCAUCGACGUGGCUACCAUUACUUCCUCGCAGACCUCUGCUACUUCACCAACCUACUACUGGCUCUCUCGAUAUGGGUAUUUCCCGGCUCGAAGCGUCUUUUCACCGCCUCAUACUGCCUGGCUUUUGGUAACAACGCAGUCGCCAUUAUCAUGUGGCGCAAUUCACUGGUCUUCCACAGUUUCGACAAAGUUACGUCGCUGUUCAUCCACAUCAUGCCAUGCGCGACCUUGCAUUGUAUCGUGCACUUGUUUUCGCCCGUUGAGCAGAAAGAGCGGUUCCCUGCAAUUUGGACCAUCAAGAAUUCCCCUCCAGGCUCCCCAACCGCAUAUGCCAAUGUAGCCUCGAUGCUUGCUUGGAGUUCCUUGCCCUAUAUCUUCUGGCAGGUCUUGUACUACAUCUUCAUCACUGUGCGCCGAAGAGACAAGAUUGCGGCUGGUCGGCCAACCUCGUUCACUUGGCUCAAGAAAUCAUAUGCCAAAACCUGGCUGGGAAAGUUUGUCCUCCGACAACCAGAGCACAUGCAAGAGGCAACCUUCAUGAUGAUUCAGUAUUCCUAUGCUCUUCUGACUAUGCUUCCUUGCCCCUUAUGGUUCCUGAGCCGCUGGGCUUCUGCAGGCUUCCUUAUGGUGGUCUUUACUUGGAGUAUCUAUAAUGGCGCAACAUAUUAUAUCGAUGUAUUUGGGGUGCGCUUCCAGAAAGAGCUAGAGGCUAUGAAGGCCGAGGUGGCUCAAUGGCAAAAUUCUCCCGAAUACAUGCCACUAUCGCCUCCGCUACAUCCCCGACCUGAUGCAUCCUCAGUCUCUCGCCAAGCUCAACAGGGAGCGGCUCCCUCAGCAUCUACUGGCCAGAUUCCGUCCAUGAAUGAGGUUGAUCGAGAGAAGGACUUGAUGGAGGGAACGUCUCUAUCUAAAGAUGAUGUGAAUCGGUCUGUUAGUGUGGACAAAAUCCCUCUUCUAGAUGAAACACGAAGCUCUUCUGCUACCGGAGUUGUUGGGAAUUUAGGUGACACAACACGCGGCAGACGAAUGCGUUGA